ACAUGGGGGCCAGGCUUUGGAAACCCUGUCUAGUUGUUUUGAGAGAUAGGCCACUGGCCUUGGCCAGGGCCCUACAGUCUGGGUUAAAACUUCAACUGCCAUUUUUCUUUUUCUGACACAUAGGGUGUAAAGGGAUUUGUCAGGUCAGGUAGCCCCAGGGCUGGGGCCGACAUGAGUUUUUCUUUAACUCAUGAAAAGCUUGUUGCUGUUGGUUGUAAUAGAUGUAGUUUAUCUAAUCUACAUUUUUAUUAACUGUCACCCACUAAAAUAUUGACUUAAAUCCUGUAGCUAUUUGAUUUCAAGCUUUAAAUUGAUCUGUUAUUUCUUGCAGGGCUCCAGUUGCAUCUAAAUAGAUGUGAGAGUUGAAAGACCCAUAAGGGGCUUCUCUCGCUUUAUGAUGUCUUAUUUCUUCUCCCUCUGGUUGAUGAAAUGCCAGGGUGAAAGGGACAGCCAAAUGGACUAAAGCACAGUGCCACUCCAGUUAUUCGGCAGAGUGCCCAGUAAAGGUCCACCACAGUACCACCACACAUCUGCUCAGGGAUGAACAAGGGCUGACUGAUUCAUAAGCUCUUGAAAAUUCUUAAGCUCAUCACAUCCCUUCAGGUCUCCAAGGAAUGGGACUAUUGGCAUUCAGUGAUGUGGUCAUAGAAUUCUCUCCAGAGGAGUGGGCAUGCCUGGACCCUGCCCAGCGAAAUUUGUAUAGGGAUGUGAUGUUCGAGAACUACAGAAACCUGGUCUCCCUGGGACUUCCAGGACUAUGUUAAAAUAGAAGCAUUGAUAAUGGGCACAAUAUCACUUUGCAUUGGUGUCUGUGCAUUUGAAGGAGCAAACACCUCUACCAGUUUUUAUAAACUGGUUUAUACAGCUAUUUUAUGUUAUUCCAUUCAAGACCUUUUGCCAGAGCAGGACAUGAAAGAUUUAUGCCAAAAAGUGACACUGACAAGACAUAGAAGCUGGGGCCUUGACAAUUUGCACUUAGUGAAAGACUGGAGAACUGUGAAUGAAGGUAAGGGGCAGAAAGAAUAUUGCAAUAGACUUACUCAAUGUUCAUCAACUAAAAGCAAAAUCUUUCAAUGUAUUGAAUGUGGCAGAAAUUUUAGCCGGAGGUCAAUCCUUACUGAACAUAAGAGAAUUCAUACUGGAGAGAAGCCAUACAAAUGUGAAGAAUGUGGCAAAGUUUUCAAUCGAUGUUCAAACCUAACGAAACAUAAAAGAAUUCAUACUGGAGAGAAACCCUACAAAUGUGACGAAUGUGGCAAAGUUUUUAAUUGGUGGUCACAACUAACUAACCAUAAGAAAAUUCAUACUGGAGAGAAACCCUACAAAUGUGAUGAAUGUGACAAAGUUUUUAAUUGGUGGUCACAACUAACUAGCCAUAAGAAAAUUCAUAGUGGAGAGAAAGCAUACCCAUGUGAAGAAUGUGGCAAAGCCUUUACCCAGUUCUCAAACCUUACACAACAUAAGAGAAUUCAUACUGGAGAGAAACCCUACAAAUGCAAAGAAUGUUGCAAAGCCUUUAACAAGUUCUCAAACCUUACUCAACAUAAGAGAAUUCAUACCGGAGAGAAACCCUACAAGUGUGAAGAAUGUGGCAACGUUUUUAAUGAGUGCUCACACCUAACUAGACAUAGGAGAAUUCAUACUGGAGAGAAACCCUACAAAUGUGAAGAAUGUGGCAAAGCCUUUACACAGUUUGCAAGCCUUACUCGUCAUAAAAGAAUUCAUACUGGAGAAAAACCCUACCAAUGUGAAGAAUGUGGCAAAACUUUUAAUCGGUGUUCACACCUAAGUAGCCAUAAGAGAAUUCAUACUGGAGAGAAACCCUACAAAUGUGAAGAAUGUGGCAGAACCUUUACUCAAUUCUCAAACCUCACUCAGCAUAAAAGAAUUCAUACUGGAGAGAAACCCUACAAAUGCAAAGAAUGUGGCAAAGCAUUUAACAAGUUCUCAAGCCUUACUCAACAUAGGAGAAUUCAUACUGGAGUGAAACCCUACAAAUGUGAAGAAUGUGGGAAAGUUUUUAAACAGUGCUCUCACCUAACUAGCCAUAAGAGAAUUCAUACUGGAGAGAAACCCUACAAAUGUAAAGAAUGUGGCAAAGCUUUUUACCAAUCCUCAAUCCUUAGUAACCAUAAGAGAAUUCAUACUGAAGAGAAACCCUACAAAUGUGAAGAAUGUGGCAAAGCCUUUAACCAGUUCUCAAGCCUUACUCGUCAUAAAAGAAUUCAUACUGGAGAGAAACGCUACAAAUGUAAAGAAUGUGGAAAAGGUUUUUACCAAUCCUCAAUCCAUAGUAAGUAUAAGAGAAUUUAUACUGGAGAGGAACCUGACAAAUGUAAAAAAUGUGGCAGUCUUUAAAAACUGCUUCAUUAUACAUGGCUUCACUAAUUUCAUACUGAAUAAAAGUGGUAUGAGCAUAAUGGCUGUUUAAGGAUGUUUCACAAAAUGUAAGCUUCAGAGUGCACAACACUAUACUGAAUGAAAUUUAUAAAUAUAAAAGAUUACAAUAUCUUUAUUUCAAAGAUCUUCCUGUAAACAGAAUCUGUACUAGAGGAAAAACCCUUAAACAAUUAUUCAGACUUUAUUCAACUUUAGAGGAUUUUAUGGGGGCAAAAAACCUCCUACAAAUGUGGAAAAACAUUUUUUCAAGAUAUAUACCUUAGAAAACACCCGAGUUUAUAGUAUAGUAGAAUAUAUUUUACAGAUACAGUGAAUACAAACAAAUGUCCAAAAUUAAGUCUAAAUAAAACAUUACAUAAUUUACUGUAGAAAGUACUAAGGCACUAACAGUUUCAGAUGUUACUUUAAAGCAGUGUUGAUUGUCGAGAAUAAUUCAAAGUUAAAAUAGAUAAUUUAGUUGUAUGUAAAUUUAAAUGAAUCAAGAGAUGAUGUCUUUUUGAAGCACAGUUACAUUCACGUUAUACUUUUUUGCAUUAAAAGUUUUUAUAUUUUUGAUUAUAUAUUUUAAUAUUGAUGUAAUUCAUAUCUCAAAUAACUUGAUUUUUAUUAUAUUUAUUGUUUAUGUUAAAGUAUGUGGUCAGUUGUUGCUGCAUAAGAGCUAUGAGAAGUUCUUCUAUAUUAGAUGACCAUCAUUUAUAUGCUUUUUCAUGAAUGAUUAAGGGCGCUGAAAUGUAACAUUUAUAAGGAAAAUCUAAGUAGAAAUGCUUUUUGUUGAUGUGUAACAGUGUUUUAAGUAACACAUUAGGUAUUCAGAGAAGUAUUUUGCAUUAUAGUAAUAGGGAAACAUUUUGAAUUUUAGUAAUAAAUUGUUUUAUGAGUUGCACAUUAAGGUAAUACAGUAGCUUUUGAAGUGUUAUUUUUAGAAUGCAAUUUCUUUUCAUAAAACAAAAUGAUUUUUAAUGUGUUAAGAAUAUUUUGCAUUGAAUGAAGUAUAUCUUGCCACAAUAAUUAACCUAUACCACCUUACCCAAAGUUGUAGGUAACACAUAGUAACAAUACACUGCUGGGUAACAGUGAAAGGACACCCCUAGUAAUCUCUUUUCCCAGUGGCUUUUAAUUUCAAACAACUUGGGGAGGUUUUUUUUUAUAUGAUAUGCUUUGGUUUUUUUGUGCCUUACCUCAUGUUGAAAUGUGUUCCCCCAUGUUGGAGGCAGGGUCUAGUGGAAGGUGUUUAGGUCAUGGGUGUAGAUUACUCAUGAAUGGAUUGGUGUUCUUACCACUGCAGUUAGUGUGUUCUCUGUUAGUUCAUGUGAAAGCUGGUUGUUAAAAACAAAAACAAACAAAAAAAAACUGAUAUUCCUCUUGCUUUGUCUUUUGCCAUGAUACCCCUUUGCCUUUUAUCAUGCAUAAAAGCUUCCUGAGGCCUCAUCAGAAGUUAAGCAGAUGUUGAUGUCAUGCUUGUAUAGCCAACAGAACUGAGGCUAAUAAACCUCUUUUCUGUAUUAAUUUGCCAGUGUUAAGUAUUCCCUUCUAGCAGCACAAAAUGGACUAACAUCCCAUAGGUUAUAUUUUUAUUUUUUUCUUUUGUAAAUACUGGACAAUGAUAGUCUUAUAUAUAAUCUUCAGUAUAACCAUUAUAAUUGCCCACUAUAAAGGAGUAUAAUGAAAAGCCAUGUAUUUUGAAUCCUGAAUGACUAUUUACAAAAUGUCAUACUACGUUUUUCUUUGAGCCUGUGACCCCUCUGGCCUGUAAAAACACAUACAUACAUUUAGUUUUGAUUAACAUGGAGUUAAUUUUAUAAGUCUGUCACUCUAAACGUAAGUGUUAGCUUUAAGAGAAUUACGGAGCAUGUAAUUGUGUUUGAGUGUAGGUGUGUACUUUUUUUGAGAAGAAAACAAAAAUAUUGGAAGAAAAUAUAAUUUAAAAAGUAUUGGUAAUUUGCUAGCAAACUAGGAAUCUCAAAGAUUCUGAAAGUAAAUAUUUAUUCUCUGCUUUGUAUUGAAUUUACUUCUGUAAAAUCUUAUGGCUGCUGGCUCAGAAUCUUCUCAUGCAAAUCCUGUUUUUUUCUUGUCUGUUGAUCAUACUAAACCUAAUGUAUAGUUUUCUCAUUCCAAAGUUCAUGAAAUUUUCUCUAUAUUCCUGAGAAAUUCUAAGAAUAACUUUCAUAGAAUGUAUUAAUGUUCACAAGAUAAUUUUAAGAUGUAAUUCUACAAUGUGUGUGUUGCUACAUUUUAUUUAAUUAGUACAUUUUAUUUUUGUAUUUCAAUUGGAGAACCCUAUUUUGGCCAAUUUUUACUUGGUUUUUGUUUCCAUUUUAAUAUUUUACAUAAUUGAAUUUUUUUCACUUUAUUGAGCCAAUUUGUUUAGAUGUACACUGGGAAGGCUUCAUAAUUCACAAAGUUGUUUUGACAUAUAAAUGAGGUGAACAAACACAGGAAAGUGCUAGGUUUCCUGGGGGUAUAAUAGAUGCUCUAUAAUUAGCAGUAAAUAUUCUUGUUUAAGUCACUUUUUGGCUACAAGUAAGAGAUUAGAAAUAUUCAGCAUAAAGAGAUGGCAUUAACUCUGCAUGUAAAGAAAACACAUGUAUACCCAGGCUGUACAACUGCCUCUGAAAUUAAGAGGAAUUGUGUUUAUUUCAUAGUUAUCUCUGGUACUUCACUGUUAUUUUAUUUUCACCCCCAACUGUGCGUCAGUCAUAGCCCUUUCCCUUCUUUGCUUAUUAUGGCUACAGAUUUCUCACUGUUCUCUGCAGCCCAUGUAAUUUCAUACAGUAUUUUGUAGGUUGUGAUAAGGAAUUUGAAAUUUUUAAUAUAGUGAAAAAUUGGAUUUAACUGGAGAGUUUGAGGACAUUUUUAAGUUAUAAAUGCACCAUUUGAAUCAUUUAAUUGGCAUAAUUGGGAUGUACUCUACACAGUUUAUAGGAUUAAAUUACUGAGUUAGUAAUGUUUGUAUGAAAGAAAUGUUAUUAGAUUCUACCACAAAAUAUAGUAAACAUGAAAUCAGUUAGAAUAGGUAAAGCAUUAAUAAUGGUAGGCUAUAUAUCAUAAUCACUAUAUAAAGAAACAUCAGAAUUUGGAAACCCAUUAAGUAAAAAUAUAUCUUAGAAAUCUUAAGGACACUUAAUGGCAAGCAAAAAAGUUUAAAUUUAGUUUUUUAUAAAUUACAUAUAGCACAAUUUAUGUGUACAUGUAGAAUCUUUUAGUUUUUAGUGUUUAUGUAAUAUAUUAGACAAUAAUAAACAUUUACAUUUAUGUUUACAUUUAUAUUUAAUUUUUCGAAUUUAAUUUAAAUUUCUAAAUGUUUCUGUGGAUUUAAAUUUUGGAAUAAUCUUUUCUUCCCCAUUGAUACUGGAAUCUUGGGAAGUUUCUUACUCAUAUCACAAUAUGUUUUAUUUAAAUGGGUGCAGCUUACAUUGCAGAGUUUAUAUAAAUAAUCACAUAACAAGCCAAUUCCUUAGUCAUUUUCUGUAUUAAAAAACUCAGAGAUCUAGAGAGCUUUUGGAUUGAAAUAUUUCCUUGGUGAUUUUGGAUGCAAACCUGAUUUCUGUGUUCACACCAUGGCCAGAGAUGGGACUGUUAGCACCACCUGCUUCUUUAAUGUCAUCCAUAUGAUCAGCAUCAGCACCAGAAACUCCAGGUGUCCCAAACUUAAAGUGAAAGCCAUAGAGUCCUUUGGUGACUCCCAUGUUCUGUGCUGGUUCUAGAACAUGCUGGUAAAUAUCAGAGUUUCUAUGCUUAUGGCUGAUAAGUAGACAUUUUUAAAAAUCAUAAAAACUGUAUUUUCUAUAUAGUUCAGCUAAGUUUAUGAAAAAGAUGCAGACUCAGUAUUUGGAGCAUUGCUAUCGCUCCAUGAUAUGUUUAAAAAUUAUUUUUAAAUUGACAAACUUAUAUCUACAUAUAUAUAUAUCUUGUAACACAUGAUGUUUGAAAUGCUUAAUUCUAGCCAAUUAAAAAUGCUUUACCUCAAUAGUUAUUUUUAUUGUGAGAACGGUCAACAUUGUCUUGGCACUUUAAAAAAAAAAAACAAUAUAUUCUCAAUAACUGUAUUCACUCUGCACUACAAUAGGUCUCUUGAACUAAUUCCUCCUAGCUAACAGUCAUUGUUUAUCAUUUAACAGAUAAUUCUCUAAGCCCCCUUCUCCUAAAACUUCAGCAUCUCUUAACCUUCUUUCUAGUCUCUACUUUUAUGAGAUCAACUUGUUUAGAUUCCACGUGAGUGAGACCAUGAGGUAUUCAUCUUUCUGUGUUCUGCUCCAUUGGUCUAUUUAUCUGUUUUUAAUGCCAGUAUUGGACUGUUUCAGUUACUGUAGCUUUGCAGUAUAUUUGACUGUCAAGUAGUGCAAUGCUUCCAGCUUUCAGAGCCUUUUGCUAUGCUAUAUGAAUUUUUGUUUUUUUGUUUUUGUGAAAAAUUUUAUUGAUAUUUUGAUAGACAUGUUAAAUAUAUACAUCAUUUUGUGUAACAUAGACUUUUUAGCAAUAUUAAUUUCACCAAUUUAUGAAUAAGGGAUAACUUUUCAUUUAUUUAUGUUUAAUUUUAUACCUCAGUUUUCUUUAGCUUUUAAUGUAGAGAUCUUUAACAUUUUUGAAUAAUUUUAUUUGGAAGUAAACUUUUUGUAACUAUUGCAGGUGUCAAUUGUUUUCUUUAUUUCUUUUUCAGAUAGUUUGUUGUUAGUGUAUAGAAAUGCUACUGACCCUUAUAUCUUGAUUUUGUAUCCUGCAACUUUAGUGAAUUUAUUCUAAGUAUUUUUAAAGUUUUCUAUUUAUGACUGUGAUAUCUGCAAACAGGGACAAUUAUUUUCUUUCUUUCCAAUUUGGUUGUCUUUGGUUUUGUUUUCUAAUUGCUCUGGCCUGGAAAUUCAGUAGCAUGUUAAAUAAGAGUGAUGAAGUUAGAUAUCUUUGCCUUACUAUAACUCUUAGAAAAAAGGCUUACAACUUUUGAAGGUUUAGCAUGAUGUCAGAUGUCCAUUUGUCAUAUAUGGCCUUUAUUGGCUUGAGGUAUGUAUGUUCUAUAUGUAAUUUGUUUUGAGAUUUUGUCAUAAUGUUGAAUUUUCUAAAAUUCUUUUUCUGCAUUCACUUAAAAGUUAUAAUUGGUUCUGAGAUCCUUCAUCUUUCUCAGAAUCUAGGAGGAUGCAUCUAUACCUAGAGGAGGACACAAAGGCAUCAUAUGUUACAUUCUCGUGACAUAUAAUGUCUACUGCUUAUAAUGUCUACUGCUUAUAAUGUCUACUGUGAGUUUCUGACUCCCCAAAUGAAAUUGAGGUCCAGAAACUUUCAACUGCUUUGUUCGUUGAAUAAUGCCAAGUGUCUGGAAAUGUGACUAUUCAGAUUAAAUGCUUAAUGUGUGUGUGUUGACUAAAUAAAUCUCAACCAGAACCUUCUCAGGUAUUUUGUUGAACGUGGUGGGACCUUUGUUUUUUGUUGUUGUUUUGUUUUUUUUUGUUGUUGUUGUUGUUGUUUUUUACCAGCAGGGGAUCCCUGUUUUGUCUAUGUCAAGAACAAAGACCAGGCAAAAGAAAUGUCAAACCGCAUUUACAAAUGCAAAAAUGGACUUGCUUUUGAUAUGCUUUUCCCAACAAGGGACAUGAGUCAUUGGGGCAUGUUACAGAGAGUUUCAGUAAAAUUCAGAAAAAAAUAAUAAAUAUGAACAGCCACAGCAUGCCCAGAAGCCUUUUUAUGGAGCCAGGCAUGGUUGACCUGCUUUCCAUGUCUGAAAACAUUAGUCCCUACAAGAACCCUAUGAGGUUUAUCUUCUUUUCACCCAUUUUCAGAGAAGAAAAGUUCAGCUCAGAGAGCUGCAGGAACAUUGGGGACAUCUCCAAGUCACAGCCAAUAGGUGGCAGUCAUCAGUGUGUCUUGGAAGGGACAAACAUUGAGCUUCUGAACAGCUACUCCAGGAACUAUGGUGCUGUGGUGAAGUCCUGGUUAGGAGCCUAGGAAAAUGGUGAAGGAAAAGAUGGUCCCAGCCUGCAAAGCUGAAGUCAGGAACUCCACCAGGAUCUCCCUUCUCCCUAGCCUGGUGGUCCACAUCAUGCAGAUUUACUCUAGAUUCAGCUUAGACUCAUUUUUAUACUACUCAGGGGACAAGGAGGGAACUACAGUCAGUAAUAGCAGCAUGAGCCUCAGGUGCUUUGGGGAUUGAAAUUCAGACCAGGAAAUUCCAAUAUAUCAGUGCAUGUGGAGGACAUGAGUAUUUAAGGAGAAGGUUCUAGGCUUCCAAAGUAAAAUUGGAUGUGGAGGUUGGGGAUUGAUUCAAACAUUAAUACUUUCAAGCGUUUCUAUGGUAUUUGUCAGCUGUGGAGCAACAGCACACAUCUGUAUUAAUAGCCUGUGUUAAGAGAUUACUGUGAAUCCUGAAAAACAUCCUCAUUGUAGAGAUGAGAAAACACAGGCUUUUGCACAUCAAAUGUCUCCUUAAAGCAUGUGGUUCAGAAUUGAGAACGCGCAGAGUGAGAGUGGUAUGAAUUUUCCUGUAAGCUACCUGAAGUUCUGUUUGCUGUCAUGUGGAGGAAAAGAGCCUUGGAGAAGUUUUAUUUUUUUCUUUGUUUGGAAAGAAUACACAGAGCAAGAUGAUUUACAAUAACCCUUUUGACCUAAUGCACAUACUUGUUUUCUUUAACAUUAAGGGGAGUCUUAAGAAACAGCUAUAGCAGUUUCUCACCUGGCAAAGACAAAUGCUGGGAAACUGCAGGGCCAAGGAUGUGAGCAGAUGACGCAGGGAAGAGAAACCCCAAAUAAGUAUUAAAUGACUGAAAGGUGACUCAAACUUAUAUGUUAAACAACUGGAAAUGCAAGGAAUUACAUGAAUUUCUUUGUCAGACAGACACCAGAUUGGCAAAAAAUUAAGUCUCAACAUUCAAGGGAGGCUGGAUGUAGGGAACCAGCGAUAUUGAGAGACUGCUGGGGACACUAUACUUGCCACAGCCCUUUUGGAAAGUAAUCUGGCUGUACCUAUUAAAGUUUUACCCAUGCAUAUUUUUUCACCAAGUUACCCCUUUCUGCAGGUGAUUACUAUAUAUUAUGGGCUGAAUUGCAUUUUCUCCCAAAAAUGUAUGUGUUCACAUGUUUUAAUAGCCAGUGCCUCAGAAUGGGAAUAUAUUUGGACAUAUGAUUUUUAUAGAGGUAAUUAAGGUUAAGUGAGUUUAUUGGAGUGAGCCCUAAUCCAAUAUGACUGGGGUCUUUAUAAGAAGUGAUGGUAAAGAUACAGAAACAGAAGAUCCUGUGAACACAGCAAUGGAAGACAGCCAUCUACUAGUCAAGGAAAAUGGCCUCAGAAAAAACACCCCAGCCAUAGCUUGAUGUCAGGUUCCUAGCCUCCAGAAUUGUGAGAAAAAAUAUCUGUUAUUAAAGCCUUGAGUUUGUGCUGCUGUAUUAUGACAGCGUAGCAAACUGUUAUAGUUUGUUAAGACACAUACAAUAUGUUUCCUGCAGCACGACUGAAGUGGAAAUAAAAUGUCUUCAUGCCAGUUUCCACCAGCAUUGAAAGGCUGAACCACUGUGGGAAAGAGCUUUGAUUAUGAAAUAACAUAAAGACGUGAUAUCAAGACAUGUAAGGGCAGAGCUCCUGCCCUGAUGGGACUAUAGGCACGAGUUCUCUGAGGUGACACAUUGCAGAGAAAUGCAUAGGAUACCUUAACCUUUUUGGGUUAACCCCCGGCUCCCCUUUUGUAAACACUUCCCUCAUAAAAAUACUGGUGUGUAAGGUAUGGAGAAGGAGCUGUCUGCUAUAAGAAAUACCUGGGUGCAGUUAUUUAAUAAAAACAGCAACAUGCAAAGAUACUCAUGGCCUAGUGUGAAGUAAAAGCAACAGAAAAAUGUCUUUUCUGAUAUUCCUACAAGUAUGUGAACAGGGAUUUGCGCCUAACCAUUUGCCAUUUAGGACUCAUGAAAGCCAGACUCCUUUGGGAAAGAAUGGUGAGUUACCCUAGUGGAAAAGCCCUAGGACAGAUCCCAGGGUGUCUACAUAUUCAGGUGUUGGUGCUGGGCCGACUUUUGUCUCCUCUGAUCCCUGUCUGCAAAGACCUCUCUGUGCCCACUCCCACCCAAGCCCAGUGCUAGAUAUGCUCGGUGGCAUGGUAUACCUGCCCUUCAUCCAAAGAGAUGGAGUAGUUGGACCCAUCAAACAGCUUUUUAUUGAUCUCCUGCAUGGAGCUCUGCAAAGAGAGUGCCUUGCAGCUAGGCCAAGAGGCAUCAGUGGUUGCCUGGUUGUCAUCACGGGGACACUUCCAUUAAAAGUUCUCCAAAGGUUGAGUCUUCAUUGAGCCAUGAUUAUACCACUGCACUUCAGCCUGUGAGACAAAAGUGAGACCCUAUUUAAAAAAAAUAAUUAUCCCUAUAUCAGGCAUAAAAGAGAAUUCCCAUAGACCUUCAGCCAGGGAGGAAACCAGAUCACGGUUUGAAGUCUUGGGGUUCACAUCCAAGAAGACAAAAUUGUUUUUCAACACUCACCUCCCUGUCCUGUCAUGCCCUGUGGUAUGAACCUGACCAUCUCACUAAGGCUUCCGACACUUGAUAAUCUGCUUGUGUCCAGAAAUAGCCUCCUCAGCACUUGCUUUCCCCAACACACGGUGUCAGAAAGACAUGUGAGCCUUAUUUAAUAGGAUCACAGAUGAGGCCUCACCUGCAUGGGCCUCUCCUGAGAUGCCCUGUGUUACCUUUGCAUGCCCCUGCCAAAUGGCCAGAGGCAUCAGUGGUGAGAGUUGAGCCAAUGCCUGCAUUGUUGGAAAGCAUUCUCACGUCAGGCCUUACUAAAUCAAGAGCCUUGGAAAAGUCAGGAUAUAGCAAAAGAACAUCUUGCUCUCUUGAGCAUUUCCUACUGAGUAAGUUGACUACUGGGGCUGUCUCUAGAAUGUAGGUGCCUGGUUACCAGGGUUCUAAAUUAUCUUGGGGUCUGUCACCGAGAAAGUAAGGUCACUUCAGGGUUCUAUCCCCAGGACCCUUUCCUUCCAUAAGACCUACCCAAAGGCCCUGCUGGGCUACUGAAUUCUCACGCUCCCCACCAUGUCAACUCCUUGCCUAUACACAGUUAUGCAAGCACAGCCUCUCUCAGUCCCCUACGGAGACUGGACGCAGUCAGGGCCCCAGGUUUGUGGUGACACAGCUGGAUCAGAACUACUUUUUUCUAACCAGUUCUGUGACCCUAGAAGUCAUUGUGUAUUUUGGUGCCUACCCAGCCUCCUAACCUACCCAAUGGGGAUUAUACUAGCAUCUUCCUAGAAAAUUCUUCAGGUACAAAUGAGACAAAACUCAUGGCAUAGUGUCACAUGAAGAUAAAGCACAAACUUAGAGAUGAAAGAAUUACAAGAAGUGGUGGGAGGUAGCAUGGACUACAGCUCAAACAGGCCUGGGCCCAGCAGUGUGGUUUUGGAAAGUCACUUCUCUGGGCCUCAUUUUUCAUUUUGAAUUAGAGGUUAAAAUCCAAAUAUUGCCAUCUUCCAGCUAAUUACACAUUCCAGUGACUUUCCAUUAUAUGUAAAAUCAGACCCUUGUGCUGCAUAUCAGGUGGUGUGCAGCAUCCACAAAAACUCAGAGCAGUAUGGGGCUAAUGACUCACUUCUGACCAACAGAAUUCAACAAAGACAAUGGGAUAUCACUUAUAUUUCACCUCAGGCUGGAGAUCAGCGUCUGGCAUAAUUGGGCUUUGGCAAGGGCUCUCAGGUUGUAGGCCGGAGGCUUAAGGUUGUACACUUACCUGGCAAAGAGAGUAAGAGCUUUUUAAGAACUAUUUCAUAAAGCCAGUAAAUCCAAUUAUGAGGGCUUCAGCCUUAGAAUAUAAUUGCUUUCCAUUUCCUCAGCUUUAAGAUGUCAAAAUAUGAAUUAGACAAUUAUGUCAUGACUAAGCCUGAGCAUAUUUUAUGUAUGUAAAGCUAUUAAUAUUUUUUGUGAACUACAACAUAUCUUUUGCCAAUUUUUCUAUUUUGUGGAUUAUCUUUUUCUAGUCAAUAAUCUUGUGAUUAUUAUUUAAUCCAGGGUCCCAUUAUCCUCUAGGCAACCGCUCUCUCCUGGGAGGGUGUGCCUGGUCAUGUUUGCCUCACCUUUUGUAGCUACCCUAUCCUGUAUGCCGUUUGGCUGUGGUUUUCUUCUUCAAUCCAAUCCUAUCUACAUUUCAUGUUUUAAUGAUUUUUCCUGACUUCUAGUUUAGUGAGGAUACAUCUUAAUUUUCAGAGUGAGUUAUUCUUUCUAAGAAUUUGUGGUAAAGAAAGGUUGCCACAGAUGACCUGUCAGCCAUCUUAAAUCAAAAGAUCAGAAGUUAUCUGACGUAUAUUGCAUUAUUUAGUCUGAUACUUCUGAAAUGGUAAAUGCUUCUCUUUGGCAAGAGAGAACACAGGAAUAUUGGAGGAUUUGCCUCAUUAAUGUAUACUCAUCUUGGCAUAAUUGUGCUAGACUGAUUAUUAAGCUAAAGAGGGUAAACAAAAAAGGGAGCCCAAAUGGGUAAAAAAUCUACCUUCAAAUUUAUCACUGACAGUAUUAUCUAAUGGAAUUUUACGAAAGGCCCCAUCCUGGCUUUUGAGCUGCAUUAAUCUAUUGUGUCUGGAUACUAUUUACAUAUUCAUAUGAGUCAUUUUUUAGGUUGUGAAACUUCUAUAGUCACCGUUCACUAAUGAGUCCUCUGGGAACUAAACUGUUUUUUAACAAGCUUAACUGUGGUAACUGGAAUCAAACAGGCCAUAAAUUACACAGGGUAGCCUUGGCUUGUGGCUUAGGGGAAAUAUUUUUCUAAGUUUCUUAUGCUCAGUGACAGAUAUGUGCCCUUGCAGCUUCUCCUUGGGUAGGCCUUGCUGCAGUUCGACAGGGAAUAUCCUGCUCAUGAACUGUGGGGUUGAAAAGCAUCCCUUCCCUCACUGUAAAGGGUACACGCUCUCUCCUUUUUCUUUUCUUUUCUUUCUUGCUUUUUUUUUUUUUUUUUUUUUUUUUUGAGGUGGAGUUUUGCUCUUUUUGCCCGGGCUGGAGUGCAAUGGCAGGAUCUUGGCUCACUCCAACCUCCGCCUCCCGGGUUCAAGCAAAUCUCCUCCCUCAGCAUCCCAAGUAGCUGGGAUUACGGGCAUGCGCCACCACAGCCGGCUAAUUUUUUGUAUCUUUAGUAGAGAUGGGGUUUCACCAUAUUGGUCAGCUGGUCUUGAACUCCAGACCUCAGAUGAUUCACCCACCUCGGCCUCCCAAAGUGCUGGGAUUACAGGCGUGAGCUACCGCACCCGGCCUCUCCUCUUUUUUUUUUUAAACAGAAACUCAUUUCCUCACUCAGUCUGGGGUGCAGUGGAGUGCUUUUGGCUCACUGCAGCCUCGACCUCCUGGGGUCAAGCGAUCCUCCUUCCUCAGCCCCCCAAGUAGCUGGGACUACAGGUGCACGCCAGCACACCUAGCUAAUUUUUUGUAGAGACAGGGUUUUGCCAUGUUGCCCAGGCUGGUCUCAAAUUCCUGACCUCAAGCAAUCCGCCCGCCUUGGCCUCUCAAAGUGCUAGGAUUUCAGACAUGAGACACCACACCCCACUGAGAACAGAAAAAGAUAAAAAAGGUCUACUCUAUAUCUCAGUCAAUGUGUUAUUUGAUUCUGAGAUAAUAGCUACUGGGCCUUGCUCUUUCCCCCUGCUGAUAUAUAAAUACCUUGGAAAAACUUGGUUCACAGGCUACAGAUGAGCCACUACAAUUAAAAGUAGAACUGGCAUCUACAAUUUUGCUGAGAAGACGAGAUUGGUGACCCCAGCUUCCAUUAAUCUCCUCUCCAGGAAUUUUCUCCUGGGAAUGUUGAUAGCUGUUUUCUCACAUAAUUAGAUAAAGAAAGUAAGCAAGAUCAAAUAUUUCUCAGAACGAUGACUUUAUCAGUUCUUGUUUGAGGGAUACUUUAAUAACUUGCAGCAGAAAAUAUAAGUUAAUUGUAUUUAAUGUAGUCAGAGAAGUUUACUGUCAAUUAUUUUGGGAAAUAAAUAUACCCCGAACUUAUUUAUCAGGCUCCUAAUGGAUCAGAGAAUUUUAUGUCUUCAAUAAUGUGAUGAAACAUAUGAACACAUUAACCAUGAAAUUAUAGGGAAGAAAAAAGGAUAUCUAAUUUAUUGAGAAAAGCUAAGGUAUUCAGAUUCAAAUGGGUGUAUUUUUCUUUAUCCCACUGCCCUGAGUUUGUUGAGAAUACAGAUUUAUGGAACAUUUAGAUAUUUUAUGGAAAUGAAGUCACAGUAUCAGAAGAAACUCCCAAUUUAUUUUUUAAAGUUUCUGUUGCAGCUCUUGAAAUGGAAACCUCAGGAGAUUCAGAACACCAAACAGUAGCUCUAACAAUGUAGAUAUUUGAGUAAAAGUGUUUUGUGUCCCCCAGGAAGAAGUCAUAUCCCUGAAGUUUUGGGACAAUAAUAUACCUACUAGACUAAAUUGUGACUAUGUCCAUAGGUUUCAUAAUAGUUUAGCCUGUUGAUACUAGUUCUAUAAUUAGCGAUUUAAUUUCUAUAAUUAAACAUAAUUCAACCAAGUUGAAUUAAAACUAGUAUCAGGCUCAUAAAGGUUCUGCAGAUAUUACAUUUAUUAAAAUGUGUUUUGAUCUGCUUUGGUAUUGGAGCUAAAAAAAUCCAUAAUUCUGGCUAGCAAGCAGAUUCUCAGUAAAAUUUAUAACAGUCCACACACAUAUAUGGUCCAUCAUUGUAAACCUAAAAUGCCAAGCUGGAUAGAGUGUCUUCAGAUGUUUUCUGAUUCAUGGCUGGUCUCUUGUGUUCAAAUACAUUCAUGGUUUUGGCAGGAGAACCUUUAUUCUGAGUUGGGCAUGAGUAUAUGAACCUGUGGCUUAUGUAAGCCACUGGGGUGUACAGGUGGUCACAUUUGGCAUCACACACUUGACUGUGUUCACAGUUUUAAAAAUAUGUUUAAAAUAUAAUUUGAAUUUUUAAUCUACUUUGAGUUAAAUUUUUUAUAUGAUGAAAGGUAAGGAUCUAUUUGUAUUCUUCUGCAUAUUGCCAGCCAGUUAUGCCAACACCAUUUAUUGAAUAGGAAGUCGUUUCUUCAUUGCUUGUUUUUGUCAGCCUUAAAGAUCAGAUGGUUGUAGGUGUAUGGCCUUAUUUCCAAGUUUCCUAUUCUGUUCUAUUAUGUGGAUUAAAGAUUUAAAUGUAAGAUUGCAAAAUAUAAAAAUCCUGAAAGCAAACCUAGAAUUUACCCUCCUCAACAUCGACUUUGGCAAGGAAUUUAAGACCAAGCCCCCAAAAGCAAUUGCAACAAAACCACAAGUUAACAAAUGGGACCUAAUUAAACUAAAGAUUUUCUGCAAAGUGGAAAAAAAAAAAACAACCAACAGAGUAAACAAACAACCUACACAAUGGGAAAAAAAUAUUCACAAACUGCAUCCAACAAAGGUCUAAUACCCUGAAUCUGUAAGAAACUUAAGUCAACAAGUAGAGAAUGAAUAGUGCCAUACAAAAGUGAGCAAAAGACAUGAACAGACACUUUUCAAAGUAAGACAUACAAGUGGCCAAUGAACAUAUCAAAAAAUACUCAUCACAAAUCACCAGAGAAAUGCAAAUUAAAACCACAAUGAAAUACCAUCUCCCCACGCCUGUAAUCCCAGCACUUUGGGCGGCCAAGGUGGGUGGAUCACGAGGUCAGGAGAUCGAGACCAUCCUGGCUAACAAGGUGAAACCCCGUCUCUACUAAAAAAUAUAUAUAUAUCUAAAAAAAAAUUAGCCAGGUGCGGUGGCGUGCGCCUGUAGUCCCAGCUACUCAGGAGGCUGAGGCAGGAGAAUGGCAGGACACGGGAGGCGGAGCUUGCAGUGAGCCGAAAUCGUGCCACUGCGCGCCAGCCUGGGAGACAGAGCGAGACCGUCUCAAAAAAAAAGAAAAAGAAA